AUGGACGUGGCACUCCUGACGAUGGAUGAAAGCAACCAGACGACGAGCGCUUCUGCCAAUCAGAACGGGAGCAGAGGUUUGAACUUGACUUGAUUGUCACUGAAAACGGAGGAUAUUUCAGAGACGUGCUCCCCGAUGAUUCCCGAUUCUACAGAGCUCAUGAGAAUGCUCACAGAUCCUUCUUCUCAGAUGUUUGGUAAGUGUCGAAUGUGUUUCAGUCCAUUUAUUUCUCUUUUUGACAGGUGGGGAAAGUGCGAAGUGCCAAUUGGAACGCAUUUUCGCUGCCGCCAGCAAUGGAUUCGAUGAUCAGAGUAUGGCAAAUGGUGGAGGAUUCGCAUUCGAUCCGUCAACUUUUGGCUUAGCAGAUUUAUCAUCAUUCGCCUCGCUUCGCAACUCUUCAAAAACGCUGAAAUGUCCGAAGUGCAACUGGCACUAUAAGUACCAAGAGACACUGGAAAUCCACAUGAAAGAGAAGCACAACGACGUCGAUGUGAGUUCCACGUCUCUGGAACCGUGUUUGUUCUCGAGAAAUAAAUAGACAAAUGCUUUUUCUGAAAAUUUCUCUUCUUUUCUUUUCUUUCUUUUCUGUGAAUCUCAGUCCUGAAUCUCAAAAACUGAAAUUUCUCAGUCAUUUUCGCAUUUUAUGUGCCGUCUCUGUGCUCAAAAUAUCCUCCUCUGUGUGCUGAACAAUCGUGAGGCAACUGCUUUUUGAUUAUGUCAACCGUUUUCUCAAUAGUUUUUAUAAAAGCGCGUAAACAAGUAAACAACACGUGUACUUCUCGUGGAAUACUCUUCUCCUGGGCGAAAUUCUCCGUUUAUUUUCCGCAGUUGGAAAAAUUUAUCGAAUUUAUCGACACAGUGCUCUGAACAAAUGCCAUUUCUCGAUUUAAUAUAACUCUUGGGGUGUUCGCCACUCUGUUUGUAUCUUUGUUUGUUUGCUUGUUGAAUGAGUCCAUGACAUCUCCUCGAGUACUUAUAACAACCAUAUUUAAAAAAAAAACAUCGGGAAACAAGAAACUUAUCGAGAAGUUUUCGAGAAAACACAGCUCUGGAACUCUAAUAAUAUUAUUUUCCAGGUUAAAUGCAUCUACUGCGUCGAGAACAGGCCGCAUCCGAAGCUGGCUCGCGGAGAGACCUACUCCUGCGGAUACAAACCGUACCGAUGCGAUCUGUGUCGAUAUAGCACCACAACAAAAGGGAAUUUGAGCAUUCACAUGCAAAGUGACAAACAUCUUCACGCAGUCCAAGAACUUCCGAAUAGCAUUGGUAAAUCAAGAGACUAUUUGGAACGCAAUUCAUUAGUUUUUAGAGUUUGCCGCUAAUUUUGGAUGUGCUCCAGUCAGCAGAAGCAGUCCGAUCGAAGAGACCGAUGGAUCCCUGGUCUGUCUGAUCUGUGGGAUCUUCGCGACGGAAUCGAUUCCUGAAAUGUUGGAGCACGUGGAAAAGGAUCGUUCGCGGACGUUCCAAGGAGACGUCACAGUGCUGAACGGCAAUUUCCGAUGUCAUCUGUGUCCGUACAACACGACACUGAAGGCGAAUUUCCAGUUGCACACCCGAACGGACAAGCACCUUCAAAAAGUGCAGACGGUCAGUUUACUCGUUCUUUCCCCCAACUCCUCCGUCAUUUGCCGCCUUUCUUAAUGUUUGCUGUAGCACUAUAAAAGAAUCUCGAGGGAGGAUUCUGACUGAUUCUGGCGAAACUGCCAAUUCAUUCAUUUCCCGUCAAUUCAGCCCAUUUUCACGAAAAGAACGACGACCGACCGAUUAAUUCCGUCCGUGUUUCUCACCGCCUUCCUCCCCUUCUCGCUCCUCCUGCACCGUCCUUCUCGCUUGUAUGCGCUCCGAUUUGCAUGCGUCCCGACGACGACCCAACAUACAUAAAUUCAUGAUUUAAUAGUAUAAUGAGUAAUAUUUGCUCAAGCCUGUGCCCGCUCACUCCCCUUCGCCGCCUGGCGCCUCAUCGACGCGCGACCGCCAAGCCAGAUAUUCUCGGUUACAAAAGUAUCCGACGGAGAAGUCAGGUCACUUUUUUGAGUUGGCAACUGUUUGGAAAUAGAGAAAACAAAACAGAAAGACGGACGAACUGGAAUAGAAUUUGUUCAAGAGGUUUUUGAGAGCCAGCGGAGAGAGGGAGGAGCUCUUCAUCUCUAGAUGAACGAAACGGUGUACUUUUUGGGAUUGAAAGUUUUCUGCCACGAAUCUGAGCUCUCCAAACAACAAUGUUUUCAUCGGCACCGUCCUCCUUUUUUCCUUUGGGAGACUCACGGGAGCAUUCUAGAACCAGUCCGUUUUGCAGUUGCCUCGCACAUGAUUCGACCGCCCAUUAAGGGUCUCUUUUGUUCGUUUUCCCCUCCACUGUUUCCCCAAUUUCUUCUCGAAUUCGAAUCCACACUUGUUUCUUGCCCUCUUCUUCCAUUUUCCCAAUCCAAUUAGUUACGGGAACUGUACCCGAUGGGUUGGCGUGACGACGGUGGAGGCGAAUGAGGAGAAGAAGGAAGGUGGCCGAUUCUCGCGAUCAAUUGCAGUGAACAAAACAAAAAUGUCAAUUUGAAUAAAUAAGCGCAGUGAUGCACAGCACGACUUCUCCCUCUCCGAUCAACCUUCUUCCCCCAGAAGAGGGUGCCCGUCCAUCUAUUAAACGAUUAAGAGGAGGAGGAUCCUCGUUUUCACUUAACUGUUUCCCCCUCUCUUUCUCUCUCUCUCUCUCUUUCUCAGUUUUUGCAUUUACACCAAUAAACCUUGCCAAAGGUCGAGUAUUUCCACGAUGCCGCCUGUUAUGAGGAGGCCGGGAACGCGUCGAGAGACUGAGAGAAGCGUGCCCAAUUAGAUGGGCGGGGCGCGUGCCCCCGUCGAUUGGCUGAUGAGUUGCGACUCCGCCCCGAUUUCGGAACACGAUUGCAUUGCACACAGACACCAAUUAUCGCUUAUUGACAGACGGUCGUUGAAUUGAAAUUCUUUCACUCUUCCGCCUCCCGAACUGCCGCUUCCUGUACUCACUCUCCCUCCCUCACUUUUCCUCUUCAAGUAUCGAUUCCAACCUCAUCUGUCCGUCGCCGCUGUCGUCAUCGCCUCGUUUCAUUAUUUCAUACACCUGUUACCACUUAAUUCGCCUAUUAUCCUCCUCAUUACCUUCAUUUUUGCGGACGACGUCAACUGGCGCCGAAAUGAGAGAAGGGGAGCGCGGGGAACCACACGCACACGACGACGACGACGUUUCCCCCGAUCAUUUUCUCCUAUUCAUCUAAUCCUAACCGUCGUAUUUCAACCAAACCUCCUCAUUUCUAUUCUUCGUGUCUCGAAGCAUCAUCCUCAAGGCUUCUCUGUCGGUUGACGUGGCACCGUGUCCUAAGUUCCUCGUCUCAUAGUUCGGAAGUAGGCUGCUUGCGGAGCCCAUUACGAUUGCUCAUCGAGUCGUUUCCGGUUCUCGAUCGGCCCGUCCUCCAGCUCUUCCGUAGCCCAUAAACUCAGCCAGUCCUUUUCAUCCAAUUUGCAUCCAAUUUUGAGCGACGAUUAAUAGGUAUUUUUGCCCUCUUCCUUCUCCUCCUCCUCCAGCAUUUCCCCUCAACCAUUUCUUCUCGCGCACUCGGCCCACUUGACCAUAAUACGACCCUUUCCCCCGUCGUGCCUUUCUCUUUUCUGUCACUCCAUUCACACUUCAUGCCAAUGAUAUUAUGCCCGACCAUGGCCCCUAAUCCCUGUCCACACACAAAGAAAACGAUAGUUGCAGGCGAACCAUCUCCGCGAAGGAGCCCGCCCUCACACGGCCAUCUACCGUCUGUCGAGCACCAAGACCAGCGUGCAAGUGCUUUGUCGUCAGUGUCAGGAAGUGAUUUCGAGCAGCGAAUUGCUCCGCGAGCACCGCCAUUUCCCGUGCGCCCUUCUUGCCGCCGCCAAGCCGUUCUGGCGAUGCAAGCUCUGUAAUCAGGAUUUCGAGUCCGCCCCGCUCGCAGCAGGCAAGUGUCCUUUGUGUCCUUUCGCGCAACCCACUUGUACCUCUAAUUACGGUCAACAAGUUUGCGGGUUUAGUUUAGUGAAUGAAUACGGGCGACGUGUGGUUGGUUGCUGACAGACAGCCCUCGAACUGCCCCCUAAUCCUUGCAUUUCAUUAUUGAGUCUAACGAUAGGUGUCGCAGAUUCGGAAGGAAGGAGAGGUCCGGCCUUGACAGCGGUUUAUAUUCAUUUCAUUUGACACCUCCCACUCGCCGACUCGACGACCCAUUCAUGUUUUUCGCAUUUUGUUAAUAAAGCCGCUGCUGGCGCCACCACAGUCGUCUUUAGUUCACCAAAAACAGCCAUUGAUGCGUAUCGGAAUUAUAAUCGCGCAUUUAUUGUAGGACACAUGACUUGCCACGAGCCGUCCACUUGGCCCAACGAAACACUCGGUAAGUCGUCAUCAAUUCAUUCCUCUCAAACCAUCCCAUACUUCUGAUUCUCGUCUCUUCCAGCUGUUUGUUGAAAACGCGCUUUCCAAACUUUGAAAAAUGGCGGAGCAAUAUGCUAGAUUAGUCAAACAUUUGCACCUUUCUCCCAUGGGGGCCACAGUAGUAACAAGUUGAUGAAUCGCCCUCGGAGCGCCGACGAUUCGGAGCUCCCGGAGAAAGAGCCCCUAAUUUGAUAGUUGUAUAUAUGUACACGUGCUUGCCGUCCGAUCCAAUCCAAUCAUAUUUUGUUUUGUCUAAUCUCUCGCUUGCCAAUCAGGCUCCCAGAGCCCGUCCGUCAUCGAGUUCCGCAAUUAGCCGCCUAUUCUCCUUAUUCGGGGCUUUGCUUGCGUUGCGAAUUCCUCAAUUCGCCCACUCGUUUCAACUAAUCAUUAUCUGGUGCCAACAGAAAUGAUGCGGAAGAAGAGCACGGUUUGCGAGGCGGGGCGUGCAAUGGACAGGAAAAGACAAAGUGUAAGAUGACACCUGGCAAACGAGAGGCAUCCGGGCGCCAUCCGGGAUCCCGACGGGCAGAUCGCCGCGCAAAAACAGUACAAACAGCCGAGUAUAUACAUUUAUUUUUUAUUUGAAAGCGAGACGUUGUCAAUAUUCGCUCGGUGGUCUCUCUGAGUAUCUCGGUCUCUCGUCCUCUCGCCCAGUUGUGUGAUGAAUCAAGAUAUUUUUGGGAAGAGGGACCGGCCAUCGCCCUCCGAAACAACAUUUGCAUUUUGUACAUCAACUUCAUUGAUAUAAUUGUUUGAACACACAACAUACAAUUGAAACUUUGACUGUGGGAAAUGAAGAGAGGAAAGCGAACAAAGCUGUUAAAAUCGACACCUUUUUAGUACAGUCAAUAAAUGUGUCACUCUCGAAAGAAAAGCUAUUCUCCGGCAUAAAUUCUCGCACAUUUCUUUCCUUUCUUUGAUAUUGAUUACGGUACUUAGCGAAGCCCAAUCGAUGAAUUUCAUUCAAUGUCACACCUUCUGACUUCUGAAUCAAACUGGUUUUCGUCGUUAGUCCUAAGAGAACAGUCUACUGAGAAUGGCCCCGCCAACCUAUUCAUGAGAAUUUACUUCGAGAGCCCAUAUCUAUCGAAGCCGUUUAUCUAAAUGCUCAUCAACCGAGGCAAUUUCCAAAAAUAUUGCGCGCGGCGGACCCACGAAGCUAAAGAAGGAAGAAGUUGGUGGUGUGACGGGUGUGCCGGGAUGCUCAUGCUCAUCUCGAGCUGCCAAUCUUGCACAUUAAGCAAUUGGCUCAUUGGCAUGCUCCUUCUUCUUGUCCUCUGGGCCUCCGACGGCGAGCACGGCCCGUCGCGAGCAUCCCGUCGUCCGUUUGAUAUCUGCUCCCGGGGGACGGACGGGCGCACCAAUCGGCGCCGCCCAACGCGUGCCGCCAGCAAUCUGCCCGACACCCAGCCGCCGGACCAACUUUCUAAUGUAAUGGGCCGGAAUUAGGAGAAGAACAAACGAAGGAGGGGAGGAGAGAAGAAGCGACGACGAACUGAUUUGGUGGUGCUUCUUUCUGCCACAAGAGCAGCUCGUUUUGUUUUCUUGUGAGACUCUGUCGGACUGCUCGGCGCCGCUAGUUAGUGGUUAAACGAAUCAGCCAAAUGUGAUAGAUGUCCCGCCAAUUUCGCUUUUCUGAUUUUCGCAUUCAUUUUUCGCUUCGCUUUACAUUCUCCGAUUGGUGCCAAGCACGCUUUCUCUUUCAUUAUUCCGCCUCGCUGCCACGCGACGAACUACUGAAUUUACCAGAAAACGGACCGAGUACACACUAAAUUUAGGAUGUUCAGAUACGACUGUUAUCAGUCCGAUUCAGACUCAAAUACCAGCAGACACCUCGGAGACACCAAGGAUUGUUCUUUCCCAAACAGGAAACCUCGGUGGCUGUCAUCAAUAAUCACAGCUCGCACAUUGAACAUUUCUAUUUUCCCAAAUUUCAACAUUUCUCGUUCUUAUGUUUUGAUUUCAAUCGUCAUCAUGAGCGCGUCAUGCCUGUCACUACAUAUCGGUUCUUCGAGCCGUCGUUUCGUUCAGUUCCCUUCUCCGAUGGGCGCCAAUUAUUCUGUCGAAUGCCUUCUCAAGCGACAGUCUAUAGUCAACACAUAAUAAUUAUUAUAUGAGCCACGGCUCUCGGCUGUCUGUUUGAAGUCGGCCGCUGCGUCUUCUCGCACACUUCUUCCCAUAAUUACCAUUUGUAAGGCGCCGGUCCCUUUUUCAAGUGUGCCGUGCUUGACGCGUUUCCUGCCGCUCUCUUCGGCCGGUACGCCAUCUCUCUUCUCGUUUUCACAAUAAUCAUAAUCAUCAAGUUGGACACCAAAAAAGCCAUAAAUUCGAUUCCGGUCGAACGAGAGAAACGAGAGAAGAGGACGAACGAGAUGGUCGCCCGACGCGCUCCUCAUUCCUCUAUUUAUUUACAGCUCUCUUUCGUUUCCGACCCCCUCCAUCUCAAUUCCCUUCUACAGUAUUCGGGAUGAUGAUAGCGCGCAAACAGCGAAAUGAAGCCCCUCCCACUGUCGCGCGAUGAAUCAAUGGCACUAACAAAUUAGUCAUUGCGCUUCUCCUUAACAGUUUGUUCUCGAGCCUUGCUCCGCCCCCAAGAGAUACGCAUCCAAUACUCUUUUCCUUCAGUUCCCCAUUUGUUUCCAUCCUCUUUCAUCUUUUUUGGUUUCCUAUAAUUUCAUAGACUUCUUUUCAGAUUUCAAAGUGAUGGAAGACGCGGCGUACGCAUGUGCUGGCUGCGACUUUACCACAAGUGAGUUUCCGAGACACUCGGAAGUGCUGCACAGGAAGGCGAGACUGUCUGUUGACCCAGCCCCCUUAUCUUAUCAGCUCUUUUCGAGAGUAAUCAGAGCUUCUUCGCGCCUUUCCCACCCUGAAUUCCCACGUAGAUCGCCCCCAAUUGUCUCCGUCUCAUUAUGUUCGUCCGCCCUCUGGUGCCAUUCUCUCACAUACAACACUGGGUAAUACCGAUCACAAUUCCCUGCAAUUUGACUCAUUAAUAGCCCUCUGACAAUCGUCUUCCUCCCCUCUGGCGUCCCUGUCUACCAACCUACCCCUACCUCUACCUUUGCCGCAUUUAAUUGGCAACUAAUUCUGCGCACGCGGACGGACGGCUCAAACGAUGCGCGUCGCGCCAACGUCGUCGAAGGAUGCCGCUGACUGCGUGCGACCGAGACCCGACCGGUUUUCUGCCCCCGGUGUCUGCCCACUGUUUCGCUAAUUUAUUUGGUAGCGUUGACUAUACAUCAUUUCGAUUUGAGAGGGGGCGGAUGGGUGUGCAUUUAAAAAUAAUUAUAGAGUUGCACUGACACUCUGAUCCGAUGUGCUACGCGGUGGUAUCCCCUCAUCAUUGAAAAUGGCUUCUGCAGAAGCAGCAGCAGCAGAUCCAAUAACUUUUGCUCGGCCGCUCCGCGAUGCAGUUUCUAUGUUCUGCGCUUCUCGAUCUGUCCCUCCUCUCUUUGAUAUUUACCGCGUUUCGGCACUAAUUUCGCGCCCGGACCGGCACGGCGGCUCCCUUUCAUCUUUUGUGAUGCCUAAUCGACCGCGAGCCAUUUCAUUAUGAAAUGAUAAUAAUAAUUAUUAUAUGCGGGCGAAAAAGAAAAGAAAACGACAGAGGAGGAGGCGGAGGAGAGAAGUGUGCUCCAUCCGGGAAUCAGGCCCGAUAACAGCACGGACUGAUAGCGGCACGAGGACGCCGUCGGGUCCUUUGAGUAACUGAUAGCCGUGUUCCCUGUGCUGAACACUAAAAUAACAUAGAUUGCCUUAAACACACCUUAAACAAAUUACUGCAGUCGCACCCAUUCCAUUCAAACCAUUCAACUUUUUGCAGAAGACGUGUCGGAUUUCGAAGAGCACGCCAAGCUACACGAGGAAGAGGCGUCCGGCGAGGGAGCUUCUUCUUCCCAGAGGGCGUGUGCACUCUGCCUCGAACCGACCUCCGACCUCGAGAAGCACCUUAUCGAGCAGCAUCGCAUUGCAGAAAGCGCUAUCGAAAAGUUCCUGCUCGCCGAGCGGACUGCCAAGUAAGUAUUCCUUCCACCUCCCGCUGCUCCCUUUUUCUCCACUUCCGCACUCGCAUUUCCUGUCGCGAACCAUAAAAUCAUGCUUGCUUCGGAGGCGCAAGUUGAUGAUCAGAAACAAUGAUUAAGGUACGGUAGGUUUGCAAAGGCGCUCCUCUCUGCGUCUCUCCAGCCUUCCGUCCUCUCUGGCUCGCAAUUAGUACAAGUGGAGAGAGAGAGAGAGAGAGGUACGAUCCGAUUUUGCAUAUUUUAUGCACGCCGCCUUUUCGAAGUUGUUUACUCUCUCGAAUUUGUAUUGAUUAAUUGUGGAAUCGGGGUCACGAUCCUUGUUAUUCUAAGGGCUCAUGGACCUGAGGAACACUGCAGACUGAUCCAAUAAUGAGACGGAUAAUUAGCGAGUCGCCUCGAAUUGGGUCAUUGCAUUUCCCACGAAAUCUGCGCCGAUUCCUAACUAAUUGAGUGUUUCAAAAUCGGAGUUUAAUGAGGAAAAUAGCUUUUAGUAGGUUAACGAACCUUUAUUAAAGUAAAUCAGAAGUUGACUGACUUCUUGACCUUUUAUCGAAUAACUCGUUUACUGAAUUCCCAUCGCCACGUCAUUCUGCGCCCGGCUAUCAUCGUCACUCCUCAAAUGUUUUGGAUCGUCAUCACCCACCAGCCCGAUCGUCUUCGCACUUAGGAACAUGCAAAUGUCUUCCUGCUUGCCACGUCAUUCACUAUUGAUACAUUAGUGCUUCGACCUUUCCAACCGUUCCCCCUCUCUCCUCCUUCUGCUGAAUCAUAAUUGAUUGUUAAACUUCUCACUUCCUUCUAAUUCUGUCUCCACUUAUAUUAAAUGGGACCUCUUUCUCCCUCUUAUUCUUCUUCUUCGUCUCCUGUUUAUUUAUUACAAUCAGUUCUUGCUCCCAUCUCAUCCAAACAGUUUUCUUUCUCGCUGCCGCUUUUCCCUCUUCAUUUUCUCAUCAUAAUACGUUAUCACCAGCUUUCAUUGCGCCGCGUAAUUGAAUUUUUAGGAUUUUUUGCCCCAUUCGUCGCCUUCUUCUUGCCUGCACAAAGUGUAACUGAAGCGGGAGUGUUUAUUCCUUUGAAUCGUCGUCCAAAUGACUCACUUUGUUCGCAGAACUGUCCUUUCCCAUAAAUAAUUCCGCCUGGCCCCACCUCAUUCGAUUCUUUCAGAGAACCUUGCUCCUCAUCCGAGUCCUCCUCUUGCGAGUUCAUCCACCGAUGCUCCAAGUGUUCGAUGGCUUUCCGAACGGACACUCAACUUCAGAAUCACUCCCUCCAACACGUAUUCAAUAAUUUCCACAAGUGUCCCACAUGCGGAGACUCUUUUGAUGAGAACAAUAUAAUGGUGAGAGAGGGAGAAGGAGGAAUUCAUCGAUUUAAUCAAGCUGAUAAGUCUUAUUUCUAGGCGCACAUGUUAGAACACAGUAAAGAAGAAUGCGAAAUGUGCUCGGAGACGUUUCCGUCGAAAGAAUCCUUCCUCACUCAUCUCAACUCGGCACGUCAUCUGCAGCAAGCCAAGAAGCACCUCGAGGCGUCACUGGUCGAUCUAAAUUCUCAGCAGGUAACCAACCAAAUCUAUAGUACGCCAGCUGCCCAAAUGAAAAGAAUUCCUUUGCGUCUCUAGGUCUGCAAUUACAGUACCCAUUAUUGUCGUUUAAUUGAGUUGCUCUGGUCUUUUCUGCUCGCGCCGCUCGAGAAACUAUUACACUUUUGUCGGCUCAUGGAUUUUAUGAAUUGCUUUUUCGCGCCAAGACCUCUUGGAGCCAUAGAGAGCUCAUUGAGCAGCAGUUUGAUGGGCCCUCGGAACGAGUGUGCGAACUCACUCCAUCGCGGCUCCUUCUGGAUUCCCAUCCGAUCCGAAUCUCGCUUUCUUUCGCAUUCUAAUGAUCGUGCUAAUUCUAAAUCAUGAUCGUCUUGUGUUUACAAAUCUGUCCGAAAGUCAACACGAAACUUGUUCAAACCUUUGUCUUGCCGGCCGAAUCCCUCCUCGGGCCCAUGUUAUUUGCUCAUCUCAAUUACCGUACCCAUUAUCAUUGCGCCGCCCGCCCGCCCGCCAAUUUGAAAUGAAUUGAGAAUGACGGCUGCGUUCUGUGUGAUUCGCGCAUUCGCCGUGUUUGUACUAGCCAAAGGCGGUGAGGGGAAGGUGGUAUACGUGUCGGUCGACAAACAAAUACACGCACAAAUUCGUGUGAAAUAGAUGAGGGCAAAUAGGAGAAUAAGAAGAAUAAGAAGACGAAGAAGAAGAAAGAGACGACUGAUCUGGUAAGACGUACGAUGCGUUAAUGCGAACUGUGUUGGCUCACCUUCCUGCGUCUCUCGCUGCAAAUUGUUUCGGUGUGAACACAAAUACAAUCAAACUUGUCAUCAUUCUCCGCAUUACAGUAAUCACACUCGUAAAUGAGGAAUGUUCUUUUCAGGGUGUCGACGGAGAGAAAUCACGGGUGUUCCUGUGCAACGUCUGCAAGCAAUCCUACCCCCAAGCCGCCAAUCUGGACAUCCACAUGAGGUCGAUGAGCCAUCAGAGUCGGAUGAACAGACUCGCGGAGCUGGUGGCGACGGGAGAACUCCAAGGAGACAAACCUAUCUUCGAGCAGCCGGGCAUUCCAGCGCCCACCAUCCAGAGUGUCAUCGAUACGGUAACCCUGAAUCUUCUCACUACCUAUUAAAUAUUUAUUUCCAGACGUCGAAGCAAGCGACCAUGAAUGAUAUCAUGUCUUUGUUAACCAGAAGCGAGUCAGAUGACGUGAAAGAGGAAGUGAAUGGGCUCCAAGUGCUCACCCAAAUCAGAGUGUACGGAGAACAGAAGAUAACUAAUCUCGUGCUCGGACUGGAUGGCAAAAUUGACGUCGUUGCCCAGUUCGAUGAAUCGAAAGCAGCCGAGAUUUCAAGAGUUGAUUGUGCAUCAUGUGGACAGCAGAUAUCAGGAAUACUUGCUCUUAAUCUGCACUACGAAGAAGCCCACUCAUCCAAGAUCCCUUCUGAAGUUCUGAAAAAGUUCGGAGAGAAGGUUCUGGCUGCAAUUGAGGAAAGACUGAGCGCAGAAGGAUCGACGAAGAACGGGUCUCCACAGAGCACAGCAAGCAACGACGACGAGCCGAUGGAGAAGAAGAUGAAGCUGGAGAACGUGGCUGCUGAUAUGGAUAAGAACAUGGCUGCCGCCUCGCAAUUCGCCAUGUUCCAGCAGAUGAUGAACUGCUUCCCGUUCAUGGCUCCUGGCCCGGCGUCCGCUGGAUUCGGGCUCACUCCUGAAAUGCUCAAUCAGCUGAUGAACCCAGCUGCUGCCGCCGCCGCCGCCGCCGCCGCUGUUGCUGCUGCCAACAACUCGCCAGCCAAAAGAGCCCGAACGAGGAUAACAGACGAGCAGUUGAGGGUGCUUCGGUGAGUAGGGAGGGAUUACUGUAGGGGGAGGUGCGGGCGCGAAAUGAAUUGCAAACAAUAGGUCGAAAUGGGCGAGAGACAGCGAAUGAAAUGAGCGCAAACACAGCAAAUCAAUCAAUUGCAGUUCUGGAAAACAUCGAGGAAUUCGCGGGGGACUGAAAUAACUCUCAUUUCCAUUCAUUCGUUUUCAGACAAUAUUUCAAUAUCAACAAUUCGCCGUCAGAAGCGCAGAUCAAGGAGAUGUCGCAGAAAGCGACACUUCCGGAGAAAGUGAUCAAGCACUGGUUCCGGAACACGCUCUUCAAGGUCUGUUUGACGAUUCGCUUGCCCGUUUGUUUGUUAUUAUUAUUAUUAUUACUUGAGAGUAGUGGGACAGGAAAUAGUGGGAACGGCGCACGUCGAGUGGUAAUUAGUCAUCGGAUGAAUACCGAGAGAGCAAACAAGCCAGAAUGAGUUUUGAGGAGGCAAAUUGAAUGUGUUUAAUGUCGGUUGGCCCGAGAACCAUUUAGUUUUGAUUCUAUUUCCGUCGUGACUCAGAUGGGAACGUACGAACGUACAGUUAGUACAACAUGAUACGUUUGACAUAUUGACGGGACCUUGAUGCUUUCAGGAACGGCAGCGGGACAAGGACUCUCCCUACAACUUCAGCGUUCCGCCGCAAAUGGGCAUCGACUUGGAAGUCUACGAGAAGACCGGAGAGGCCAAAGUGGUCAAUCUGAACAAUGAAGGAGUCAAAUCGGAAAUCAGUUCGGCCCGUGCCACGCCAACAAUUCAGACGCCAGUUCCACUUGUGGUCGAAGAGAAGAAGCCGGAGAUAAAGAGAGAGAGCCAGCCGUCUUCCACCUCCUCGUCACAACUGAAUCUGCAAGCGAUGCUCUCUCAAAUGCAAGGCAAUGUGAACUUUUUCGACGCGAACAGCUUCAUGGCGGCCGCAGUCGGAAGCCCGAUUGCCCCGGCUCCUCCCCCGUGCAACACGACCUCCAGCGGUAGACGAGCCAAUCGGACGAGAUUCACCGAUUUCCAACUGAAAACUCUCCAACAAUUCUUCGAUAAACAGGCGUAUCCGAAAGACGACGACUUGGAAUCGUUGAGCAAAAAGCUGCAGCUCAGUCCUCGUGUUAUUGUGGUUUGGUUCCAAAACGCAAGGCAAAAAGCACGGAAGAUUUAUGAGAAUCAGCCGAAUCACGAGAAUUCCGACCGUUUCGUCCGCACUCCGGGAUCCAAUUUUCAGUGCAAACGGUUGGUUUCAUUGAUUCCUUUCUAAAGGUUAUUCUAAUUGUUUUCAGUUGCAAUCAAGUGUUCCAACGGUACUACGAGUUGAUCCAACAUCAGCAGAAGAAGUGCUAUAAAGACGAUGGAGCCGCUCUUGUCAGUGAUAACAAAAGUGUGGAGGAGUCGUUGACGGAAGAAGAGAAGGCGCAGCUUCUCGCCCAGCAGCAGGUCGCUCAGCUCACGAGCGGCCUUGAAAUUCCCCGAAUCCAGCCAUCUGAGCUUCUCAAAAUGUUCGGAGCUUCGCAGAAUUCGAGCAAUGACGUUCUUCUGAAGAUGUGCGAGUCAAUCGGAGUGCCCACUCCCAGCUCUUCGUUUCAAAAAAUGUGCGCUUUCUGUGCUCAAGAGUUCCCGGACAAAUCCGCAAUGAAGGAGCACAUGCAGCAGCAGCACCCGAAUCAGAUGCUUCUGCCCAACUUCCAACUCGACGUGCUCCCAGAUUGCGGUGGACUCGAGGCGCUUCUGCAAGCUGACGGAAAGGAAUCUGCUCUCGAUCUCUCCGGAUCUUCCGUUGACUACCGUGAUUCCCUGUCCACUUCUCCAACAAGAUCGGACGAAGACGUGCUCACGGAAGCUCUCGAUGACUCCACGUUCGCUGCGUUCGGACUUCCCCUGGCCGCUCCUGGCAAUUCGGAGUGCAGGUCGCCUGCCAGCAACAAGCGAUUUCGCACUCAUCUGACGCCGAUGCAAGUUCAAAUGAUGAAGAGUGUGUUCAAUGAAUACAAAACUCCGUCAAUGGCCGAGUGCGAACUGCUCGGGAAGGAAGUGGGACUUCACAAGAGAGUCGUGCAGGUCUGGUUCCAGAAUGCGCGUGCGAAAGAGCGGAAGACCCGAGGAACGGCCGACGAAGACGCCAGAUCGAGUCAAUUGAACUGCGAACUGUGUGACAAGACGUUCACGACUCGUUUGUCCCUCCAAGAUCACCUCUUCACAAACGAUCACAUCUCAAUUCUGAAGAGCAAUCUGAAGAAGGAAGGAGUCUCCGAACUGACAACGGCUUCCGUCACCGAAUGCUCUCCCGAGAAAAAGUGAGUUCAAAUUAUUCUCUUGAUUCUAUGUCAACUAUUCCAGGAUUCCAAAAAUGCCAGUCGGAUUCGAUGUCGCGGGCCUUCCGUUUUUGAACCCUUCGUUUGAGAAUCUACAAUUGUACGGAACUCCGAUCACUUUUUUGCAAGUUCCCGACGAAAUCAAAAAGCAAAUCACCGACGAUAUCAUGGCUGCAAAGACCCGAACAGUCUUCUCUCAGGACGGAUUCACAGCCGAAAAACUUCGAGAAGCGAUUCCGGCAUCUGAAAAACACAACUUCUCCACCAUUCAGAAAGAUGUGAGCUGUUCAUUUCUCAGAUCUGAUUUUCAAAUGUAAUCGUCUACAGGUCGGAUGGGCAUGUCCUGCUUGCACAUUUGUCUUCCAAGAAGAAAAGAAGUUGCGAGAGCAUCAGAAGGCAAUCUGUCAAAACGACAAGGUAGUACUCGAAGUAUUACAUUCCGUUGCAAUAUAAAUUAUAUUUCAGACGUUCACUCUCGUCCAAACGCACUACGCCUGCAAGAGCUGCCACGCGGAGUUCUGUCUCCAGUCCGAGUACCUGUUCCACCUGACCGUGCCCCCUCACUGCUCCUCCUCCUCCACCUCAUCGCCAUAA